AUGACUGCUGAGCUUGGUGUGUGUGAGCCAGAAUUCCGAAAAAUCGGAGCCCCGUUGGCUCAGCACAAGGUGCAGGGGCGUCAAGACUCGGAGACUGGCACAGAAAGUUCGUUAGACUUGCUCUCUCUCUCUCGAGAUCUCUGUCUCUCUCUUCUCUAUCUCUCUCUCUCUCUCUCUCUCUCUCUCUCUUUUUGCGCGAUCGACUCAAGUCGGCGUGCCGUGGGGGGGAGACUGAGAACGAUGGCUUCUGCCUGGAUGGACGAUUAUGCGCGUCUGCUGCGAAAGCACGUGGCAACGGCGGCACAAAUGGAGAAGCUCUUGAGAGGCAUCGGCUAUCUUCUGCCUGGUGGGUUUCCCAACAAGCGUUUGGCGGAUCACCUCGAAGUGACACUCUACCAACGGGUGCAAGUAGCCGCUGAACAUCACCUGACUAGGCUCGUGCUACGCACGCUGCUUCUUCUCAAAGGGGGCCGCUUGCAGCUUCCCAAUGACCCUUGUGGUACCCUGCCCCGGAUGCAUCUGGUGUGCAGCGAUUGUGCUGGACCGCUGGACAACAAUGGAGCUUGCAAAGCCUGUGAUGCUGUCGUGGCUCGUGCAGUACAAGACGCACAGAUGCGAAAUGCUUGGGUGCCAAACAAUGAUGGUACUGCGACGUCGCACUCGAGUCUUUGUCCGCAAUUCUCACUCAUUACACUUGUGAUUGUGAGCGCCUCACACCGUCCCUACCGUCCCACACCCAAUCAGGCGACCCAGGCGAUGGGACCGAAAUUGUGUGCCCCCGCUGCGAUGCUCCAGCGGAACCUGAAUCGCUUCCACCGAUUCAAGAUUCAAGCCAGCGAGGCCCAGGGUGGUUGCAGUCCGUCGUCUCUCAGCGUGGAAACCUUUGCCGCGGAGCUGAUGCACAAUUCUCGCCCGCUGAUGCAUCCCCUGCUGCUGGAUGUGGGCAGCUUGGUGCUGGCACACAAACAGGUCAAGAAGCUGUCUCCCCAAGAACAUCGUGAACUCAAGCACCGUCAGAUCACUUUGAUUUUCUACUUGAUCCGCAACCCCUUGUGGCAAACCUUGACCCGGCCUCAAAUGGAGGCUGUGGUCGGCGCGUUGAAGCGCUUCGUGCCGCUGUUGGAGCCGGUCAUUGAGGGUGCUUGGCAAUACGCCAACACCAUGCAAUCGCCUCAUCACGAAGGCUUCAAGGUCGGCUCACACCUCGACGGGUUUAUCUGGGGCAUGCGUGCCUCCUACAAGCAUCAUCAAAAUUGA